UUCGUCAUUUUCUCCUGCCUCCUGGCCAUCGCCCGCGCCGGUUUGGCUCCCCACGCCGCACCAGUAGCGGCAAGAUUAGAAGAGUUUGACGCUGUUCCCCAAUACCGAUUCGGUUACGACGUCGCUGAUACUCUAACUGGUGACUACAAAAGCCAAACUGAGCAGCGUGACGGUGAUACCGUUCAAGGGCAGUAUUCCCUCGUAGACCCUGAUGGCACCCGACGUGUUGUCGAUUACACUGCUGAUUCCGUGAAUGGUUUCAACGUUGUUGUUCGCAAGGAGCCUCUCGUGGUUGCUGCCCCAGCUGUUGUGCCGGCGCGAUACAUUGCAGCUCCAGUAGCUCCAGUGAUGGCUAGAUACACCGCCUCGGUGGCAAGAUACGCUGCCUACACUGCACCAGUUGCUGCUGUUGUCGCGGUCUAAACAUUUCCAACUCCU